UACUGUUUUUUAUUGUGUUUUCUGGGGGGGAGAGAAGGGCAAAGAAUGUGGGGAUUUUUUUCCCCCCACAACAGGACUAAUAAGGGAUUAUACUUUGCAAACCUAGGUUAUCAAAUAAUUCACCUGCCACUGCCUAAAAUCUCAGGGAGGGCAGAAGGAAAGGAAGGGAGUGAAUGUGGAACUUACAAUUUAAAAAAAAAAAAUCAUUGUUUUUACAUGUAAUUGGAAAUAAAUACUAUUUUUUAAAAAAAGGAUAAUAAAUAUUGCCAUAUCAUAAAAGAUUCAGUUAACUCCAGCACACAUGGACUGCGCCUAAUUCGGGCCAAGAAAGAGCCCCUGCCUUCAUUGUUGAUCGAUGGUGGAACAAGACGGGCAGAAAUCAUUGCAUUUGGAGGAGGAGCCUAACGGGAGACCCCGACACGUGCAGCGAGGUCCCCCUGGGCCUUUUCCCCGGAAGGGACCUUCCUUCCCAGUGCUGGAGGCCAAGGCUUCCAUUGUACAACCCAGCUGAGACCUGGAGAAGCGUGGUGACGGAGGGAGGGAGGGACGGGAUGGAGUCGAGGUUCUCAGGUUAGGGACAGGGCAGGAGCGCUUGGGGCCGGAGCCUCCCAAGAGCCGCUCGGGGUUUGCGGAGUAACGUGGAGGACUGGAGUUUGUGUUGUGAUCCUACGGGUAUCAGAGCCAAGGCAGGAUCGGGAGCAGGAAUCAUGCCUUUGUAAAAUUAUUUCCUGGUGAAACUGGAAGGACAUGAGCAACACCCCGAGACCCAGUUUCCCAACCCCGAGGUCCCACUCUAACUUCCUCCCCUCCAGGCUUUGCAGCCCUGCCCCCACUUUCCAGGCAAAGUCCUUUUAAAAGUCCUCUCCCGACUCGCCCCGUGUCGCCGUGCGUAGUGCGCGCUCGUGCUCGAGGCCGACAAUGUGGCGCGCACGCGCUGACGUAAGCAUCCUCCAUUGAGUCCUGGCACCGCUGCGUCAGGGUUUUGCACCACGAAGCUGCCCGGCCCGGACAGAGCUGCCGGCCACCAUGGUCCACGCCUUCCUGAUCCACACGCAGAGCGUCGCGGCCACGGGGGACGCUGCGUUCUGCCGAGUGCUGUACUCGAGAGUCUUUGGGUCCGAGAGGUCGCCAGAUGACCCCAGGCCGCACGGUCUAGAGAGGGACAGACUGCUCAGGAAGGAGCAGCUGUUGGCGGUCGCGAGACAGGCAGAGUCGGCAUGGAAGCUGGUGCAGCAGGCCUCGGGCCGGCCUCCCGUGGACGUCCUCCCCCAGUCCUCCGAUGAGCCCAUUCCCCUGCACGAUGCCCCCGUGGGGGUCUUCCGCCUUCGACCCGGGGACCCUUUCCAGGAAGCCAAGGUGGCCGUGUGGCUCCGGGUCCUGUCGCUGAGCUGCGUCCUGGUCUGUGAGCCCCACGAGAACCUGCUGCUGGCGGAGAGCACGCUGCGCCUGCUCGGCCGCCUGCUCCUGGAGCACCUGAAGCUGCUGUCGUCGGGCAGCGACCUCCUGCUCCGAGGGGACCGCAUCGAGCUCAUCCUCGGCCACUUCCUGCCGCAGGGCCAGCUGCUCUUUCUCAAUGACCAGUUUGUCCAGGGCCUGGAGAAGGAGCUGAGCGCCAGCUUGUACCGGUGAGGGCCCCGUGCCGGCGACCUCCCUUCCGGCCCUCCACGGCCCCCAGCUUCGGCACCUUCUCACUCAGGCUUCUCCACUCUGGUUCCGCCAUUGGUCGCGGAGAUCCCAGCCACCCAGGGCUCCCUUUCCUGGCUUGGGGCGACAAACACAGAUGCUGGCAGGAUGCUCAGGCCGCCUCCUGUUACAACCCAGCGUGUGGGAUGGCUCGUAGGCCCUUCUGCCGUGCAGGUGCUCAUGGGCCACGGGCUCCAGUCUCCCCACCGCAUGCCUUGCUAUGGCUCCGAAUCACCCCCAGUUGUGGCUUGUGGACAGUGCAGGGUUCUGGGGUUUGAAGCUCUGGGCCAUUGCUGGCUAAUGUGUCCCACCUUGUGCCUCCCAUGGAAGAGGUGCACUGGGAUGUGGCCCCAGCUGACCUCCUGCCCCUCUUUCAGGCCGUAGACGGCUGAGGAUAAAGGUCUGGUCAGGGGGAGCAGGGAGGUAGGUCGGGGCCAGAGCUUGUACCCCUUGAGUUUGUAUUUGCUUGUCUUUGGUUUAUACUUCUUGUGUCCAUGUUCUGAUCAAAUGAAAGCUCCCUAAGGGCAGGAUUGCAUCCUGGGCACUUAGCUUAGAGCCGGCACCUCGUGGUGCUUAAUAAAAGCUUAUUCCUGGA